AUCACGUGAGCGUGAGCCGCCGCGGGCCGGGCUCCUCUGUCCCGGAGCGGCGGCGACCGCAGCUCUAUGGUUGCUUGAGGAGCGGCUGCCGGGAGCGGUCGAGACAGGAGGACGGGAUGUUUUGUCUUCGUUUUUUCCCUGCUAUGGCAGGGCUGGCUGUUGUUUCCCGACGGUACCACGGAUCAGCACAGCUUUCUCAGGGUAGGCGCCGAUUGAUGAUGGCAGCUUUCCUGGGAACAUCUGCAGUUGCAGCAAGCACAGGCCUCUUAUGGAAGAGAGCCCAUGCAGAAUCUCCACCUUCAGUAAAGGAAGACCCACAGGAUGAAUCUGAGGAUGAUGAGAAGAAUAACAAUGAAGAAGCCUGUAAAAAGCAAAAUAGUCUUGGUCCAGCGGAAGAGAAAAAGAAGAAGUGUUCUGGUUUCAGGGAUCGAAAGGUGAUGGAAUAUGAGAACAGGAUUCGAGCCUACUCCACUCCUGACAAAAUUUUCCGAUAUUUUGCUACCUUGAAGAUAAUAAAUGAGCCUGGUGAAGCCGAAGUGUUUAUGACUCCACAAGAUUUUGUGAGAUCCAUAACCCCCAACGAGAAGCAGCCAGAACAUUUGGGCCUGGAUCAGUACAUAGUGAAACGCUUUGAUGGAAAGGAUUUCUGGCAGACUGAGAGGAUAUCUCAGGAACGAGAGAAAUUUGCUGAUGAAGGCAGCAUAUUUUACACACUUGGAGAGUGUGGACUCAUCUCCUUCUCUGACUACAUCUUCCUUACAACCGUCCUUUCUACUCCUCAAAGGAAUUUUGAAAUUGCUUUCAAGAUGUUUGAUUUAAAUGGAGAUGGAGAAGUAGACAUGGAGGAGUUUGAACAGGUUCAGAGCAUCAUUCGUUCCCAAACCAGCAUGGGCAUGCGUCACAGAGAUCGGUCCACCACCGGUAACACCCUCAAGCCCGGCUUGUGUUCAGCCCUAACAACCUACUUUUUUGGAGCUGAUCUCAAAGGGAAGCUGACCAUCAAGAACUUCCUGGAGUUUCAGCGUAAACUUCAGCACGAUGUCCUGAGGUUAGAGUUUGAGCGUCAGGACCCUGUCAAUGGGCGAAUCACUGAGAGGCAGUUUGGAGGCAUGUUGCUGGCCUACAGCGGGGUCCAGUCCAAGAAACUAAAAGUGAUGCAGAAGCAGCUCAAGAAGCACUUCAAGGAGGGCAAGGGCCUGACAUUUGAAGAGGUGGAAAACUUCUUCACUUUCCUGAAGAACAUUAAUGAUGUGGACACUGCCCUGAGCUUUUACCACAUGGCAGGAGCAUCCCUGGAUAAAGCGACCAUGCAACAGGUAGCCAAGACUGUGGCUAAAGUGGAACUCUCGGACCAUGUGUGUGAUGUAGUGUUUGCACUCUUUGACUGUGAUGGCAAUGGGGAGCUGAGCAACAAGGAGUUUGUCUCCAUCAUGAAACAGCGGCUCAUGAGAGGCCUGGAGAAGCCCAAGGACAUGGGCUUCACCCGGCUCAUGAGGGCCAUGUGGAAGUGUGCCCAGGAGACCGCCUGGGACUUUGCCCUUCCCAGACAGUGACCCAGAGCAUCCGGAGGGCACGGACUGCCCAGGCAGUCUGAUGGGGGUCGGGGAAGGCCGGCCUGGCACCCCAGAGGGCAGAACCCCAUCCGCCCCGCCAGCCACGUUUCUCCCCUUUUUCCAGGGCUUCACCCACACAAGGAGUUCUCUUUCUGCCUCCUUCACUAUCCACCUCCCCAGCCUGGCCUUUCAGAAAACCCUGCAGUGUCCAUGUAGCCGCCUCCUCCUCUGUGUCCCGUAAUCAAGAGUUUGACAAAUGUAGGCGACGGAGGGCAGCAGUGAAAGGCUGAGGAAGCUCCCCCAGAGGAAACGUUCUAGCCUCCCUUUCCUUCCCGUGUUGCUUUUUCCUUAACGAUAUUUUUUGAAGGAAGUUACUUGCUUUUCCCCUCACUUAUUUUUUUUAAGAGAACUCCAUAUUGGGAGAAAUUCUGGACAGCAGUGACCAGUAGUAAUGAAGGAAGCUUGGUCACUGCUAAAGGGUUUGACCAGAAGAACUUGCUUCAUAUGCUCCAGACUGGCUCUCUCUCCAGCUUGCUCUGAAGAAGUAAUGUUCACCAAGAGGAAAAAUGCAGUGCCCCUGAGCUCCUGAUCUGUAACCAAGAAUGAAUGGAGAGCGCUGGCCUUCCCUCCCGGGCUUCUCAGGAAGAGUCAGCAAUGAUGCGUGACUUAACGAGCAAAAUCAGUUGUCUGUCUCCUCUCUGCUGCGCCACUUCUGAUUAUUGUCCCAUAGGGAGCUGUCUGUGGAUGUGGCUUCUCCAGGACAGAGGCCUCAGUCAGAAUCCAUAUCUGUCCUCAGUCUUAAACACUUAACACUUGUAAAAUACCAUUUUAAUUAUACCAGUUUGCAAUGAAUUUUACAAGAGCUCUUGUUGCUUCCUUUAUCCCCACCCAUGCUUCACCAGCUCUGAGUCCCCUGCUGGUAAUAGGUGUUGAGUGACUGACAGAAAACAGUGGGGGGGGGGGGGUGAGCACAGUGUGUCAAGCAAGGGCAGUUGGUCUGGAAGCCCAAACCUAGACUCCAGCACAGCCACAGCCUCCCCACCAGCUCUGUGACUGAGGCCUGGGGUUUUUAGCCCCUUGGGAAUCUAUAAAUAGAUUUCUGGAGGGUCAGUGAACUUGGAUGGGGGAAAAAUGACCUUUAUUUUCACUACCCAUUAAAGAAAUGAAUAGUUUCCUUCAGUGACUUAGAAACAUGAUUUUGAGAAGGGCUCCAGAGGCUUCACCAGACUGCCAAAGGAGUCUGUGAGAACCUCUGCUUUGGACAAAUCUUUUCACCUCUAAAUGAGGGGAUUGAACUAAAUCUGCCUCUGAGAUUCCUUCUAGCUCUGAAGUUCUGUGAUUCUGUCAUCCAUUGGGAUGCCUUCAGCUUCCAUAGAACCUCCACUGAGUUGACCCUUGCAGCCAUGUAUGAUGGUCUAUGGAUAUAGGCCUUGUAUGUAUGAGCCAGAAGUAUAAUGUGUAGGACAACCAGAGUAUCCCAAUCUGUGUUUCCCUUUGACCAGCCUACUACUGAGGCUGGAGAAGAUUAUGGCAUUAAGGCAAAAGAUUUCCCUACUCCAGGAGGGGAAAGAAUUAGGUGUUAAACAAAAGAUGAGAAGGCAAGAACCUUCUGUUCCUUCUCUUGCGGAGCUAACGCCACCAUAUGGCCACCACUCCAUACAUUCUAUUUCCUAGUCCCUAAAGCAGAAGUAAAAUGAAAAAGGGUAUGAGGACAAAUUGAAAAGGCUGGAAGGACGAAGGCAGAAAUCAGAUCAUAGGAUCAUGUAUAGAGAAAGGAACUUGGGUGUCAUCUAAUCUAAGCCCCUCGUUGUACAUAUAGCUAAGGAAACUGAAGCCCAGGGAGAUUAUGUUUGUGACUGGCCGCUGUCGAUAGGGUAAAAAUAGUAGUACCAAAGUUUCCCUACAAAUCAGUCAUGUCUGGCUUUCCAUGAUCCCCUUUGUGUUUAUUUGGCCGGGGGGGGGGGGGCAGUUGGCAGAGAUACUGGAGUGGUUUGCCCUUUCCUUCUCCAGCUCAUUUUACAGAUAAGGAAAAUGGGGCAAAUAGGGUUAAGUGACUUGUCUAGGGUCACAUAGCCACUAAGUGUCUGAGACUGGAUUUGAAUUCAAGCCUUCCUGACUCUGGGUCUGGCACUCUAUCCACUGCACCAUCUAGCUGCCUGCAUAACUUUAGACUUAAACAAAACAAUUCAUUUGUAGGAAUAUCAACUGAUAUAAUAGAGGAGACUAGUGGAAGGAGCGAGACUAGAUUCUGCUAAAUCAAAAAUUGUGCUUCAAAGCAGUAACCAAAAUUACACGGUACUAAAUUUCCAACAUUAAAAAGUGGAACGUGCCACACAAAAAAUGAGAAAUCGUGCCCAUGGGCCUCAGGUUCAAGAGCCGUUCACUGCUUCACUCAAGAAGCAUAUAUUAAGCACCAACGUUGUGCCCGGCCCUGUGCCAUGGGGCUCUGAUAGAUACCGGGACAAACAGGUCCUUCUUUCCUCAAGAAGCUCACCUUCUAUGGAGGAAUUGUGUCCACAGAGAAGAAAGUAAAUGUACAAAGUCAUGGCGGGGAGAGCAC